CAGUGCAUCACUCAAAAAACUCAGUCUCUCUCUCUCUCUCUCACUCUCAGUCCUCUUCAGCUCCGUCCUUCUCCGUCGCCGUUCCGUCGCACUCAUCCCUCUCUUCAGCUCCGUCGCCGUUCCAUCGCGUUCAUUCCCUCUCUUGAGCUCCGUCGCCGUCGGCCCUCCAUCUCGCUCCGGAGCACUUCCCGUCGCCGUCUGGUUUUCACAAACAAUUUCCAUUUAGGAAUAGGCUUGAAAAGGCUUCACAACAUAAGCUUUUAGAGAAGGUAGUUGCAUAGUGAUAUUGCAGUAUGGCUGCUGUUCCUGCUCAGCUCCCUGAUGAGUUUGGUCCUGGGCCCACUGACGAUUCGGUGUUAAGGUUUAUAAAAACACAUCGAGCGUGCGCUGUUUGGGAAGGCAAGGAUCCAGGGCCACUGAAAUGCCGCGGUCGUAAUGACGAGUUCCGAAAACGACGCCGGAUAGUGGUGGAUGAUCGUAUCGUCGACAUUGUGAAGAGAGUUGGAUUAGAGGGGCUGUAUAGGACCCCAAGUAGAGAGAUUGAUCAUAACCUGAUCACGGCCUUCGUUGAGCGAUGGCGGCCUGAAACCCACACCUUCCACCUGCCACAUGGUGAGACAACGAUCACAUUACAAGAUGUGGAGGUUCUUUUCGGGAUUCCAAUCGAUGGUGAGGCAAUUGUUGGAACAACUGACUUGACAUGGAAAGAUGGACAGCAGCUGAAUAUAGAGAGUGUUCAAGAGAGAGCUGAAUACUAUUACAGAGAACUUAUUCCCACGGCAAGAGGGACAGGUCCAGCUGGGAACUGUGAUGCCCACGUGAUGUUGCUGCUGUGGGAUGGGAGUGCUGCUGUUGGAUGGGAGUGCUGCUGUUGCUGCUGUUUUGAUGGAACUGAUGGUGGCAGUUUUAUAAAAGGAAAUCGAGUUCAAAGGACUCGGUUCCUAAGCCUGAAAAACGAGUUUGUUGAACUCGGCUUCAAAGAGUAG